GGUCGGAUGUGAGGCACCGCGGGGGGAGGGGGGCUCGGAGGUAAGGGUGGCGAGACGGGACAAGAAGCUUCCGCCGGGUGGCUUUGCGUCCCGUUUGCGGCUGGAGAGAUGGAGGAUCGGGGUCUGCACGGCAUGAAGCCCUACCUGGAGAAGCUCACCCUCGGGGUGACCCGCCUCCUGGAAACCUCCCCAGGAGUUACGGAAGUGAUGUUUCUGGAAAAAGAACCGGCCGAGCGCCAUGCAGUCAUCUCCUGGGAACAGAAAAACGCCUGUUUCCUACCAGAAGAUCUGAAAAAUUUUUACCUCAUGAUGGACGGUUUCCAAAUGACCUGGAGCGUCAAGUUUGAUGAUAACCCUGUUUCCCUGGGCUGUAUGACGAUUAACAGCAUCUCCAAGCUAACCCGUCUCAGCGUUUCACCCGCGUACGCUUUGCCCAGUGCGCCAACCCUGGCUGAUCUGGAAGACUCUGAUGAGGAGGAAGGUAACAAGGAACAACCAAAGAGGCCUCACCUGGACUCCCGAUCUCUGAUCUUCGAAUUAGAUUCCUGUUCAGGCAACGGGAAAGUCUGCCUGGUCUACAAGAACACCAAGCCGGUUGUCAGCCCCGAAUCGGAAAUCUGGUUCCUGGACCGCGGCCUUUACUGGCACUUCCUCACCAAAUCCUUCACCGCUUAUUACCGGCUUCUGAUCACUCAUCUGGGACUCCCCCAGUGGCAGUACAUCUUCACCAGCUACGGCCUCAGCCCCCAGGCCAAGCAAUGGUUCAACAUGUACAAACCCAUCACACUCAACACGGAGCGGCUGUCGGAAGUGGCUGACGCGUUCGUCAACAAGCUGGACCCCAAUAAGGUUUUCCGCAGCAAGACCAAGAUGCCCCCGGUGAAGAAGAGGUCGCCGUCCCAGCUGGCCCCCUCCCAGAAGAGCCAGACGGCCGGAGGGUCGCCCCGGAACCCUCCGCAGGGCGGGAGCUUGUCAAGAAGACGGGAAACGCAGCCUUGAGCCUCCCUCUGGAUUCCCACCCACCCAUCCAUCCUAACCGGCCCCCCCCCUAGAUGUUGCCCAGCCUCCUAGCUCCACCUGGCUCCUUCUGCUUUGCAGGACUUAAAUAUUUAUUGCUGAAUAUUUAUUGCCACAGACUUGAAGCCCUGCCUGAUUUUUUUUGGGGGGGGGAGGCACACCUGCAACUCUUCCAAAAGACAAAGGGGGGGGGAAGGGGGUGUUUUUAAUGCACUCGUUCUCUUAUCCCGGGUUUGCACAGAACUGUUCCCACACCUAUCGCAAGGCUAAUUACUUGCUUCUUCCCCCCUGCUCUCCCUCUUUCCUUUUUUCUCUUCCAUCUCUCCCUACCUCCUUCUAUCCCUUCCUUUUUCCUUCUUCCUCUCUCCCUCCCCCUUCCUCAUUUUCCUUCCUUCCAUG